UUGAUAUAUAUAUUCUUUGUAAAAUUAUAAAAGAGAAAUUUGAAAUUUUUGUUAAAGAUAAUUGUACAAUAAUUUCUGUAGCAUAAUGAUUUAUUGUCCAAAUAGUAAAUCUAGAAUUUUUGUUGAUUGACACGUGAUUACGCCUAUAUGUGAGUAAAUUGACGCACUCAAGCAACGGGUGAUAAGACGAAAGUUGUAUUGUCACGAUAAGUCUUUAAGACUAAUCUAACGUUUAACUGUUAAUAUUGUGACGAAUUGGACCACCUAUGAAAAAAAUGAGUCUGCCCACCGUGAGUGAUUAUUGCCUGCUGGAAAAAAUUGGCACCGGGAGCUACGCGACUGUGUACAAAGCAUUUAAGAAGGACAAGAGUCGAGAAAUAGUUGCUAUCAAAUGCGUGGAUAAAGGCACGCUCUCUAAGUCAGCAAUCGACAAUCUCCUGACGGAAAUCAAGCUGUUGAAUGUCCUCAAGCACGAACACAUCGUAGAGAUGAAAGAUUUCUUCUGGGACGAAGGGAAUAUAUACAUCGUCAUGGAAUACUGCGACGGUGGAGAUUUAUCGAGUUUUAUAAAGAGAAAACACAAGCUGCCCGAAAACAUUUGUCGGAGGUUUUUGCAACAACUUGCACUGGCGUUGAGAUAUCUGCGCGAUCACAAUGUUUGUCACAUGGAUCUCAAGCCGCAGAAUUUAUUAUUGAUGAGAAAACCCCAACUAGUGCUUAAAGUUGGAGAUUUCGGUUUUGCACAAUACCUUUCGAAUUCGGAACACAAAUUUGCGAUACGCGGCUCGCCUCUUUACAUGGCGCCCGAAAUGCUGUUGAAGCACAAAUACGACGCUCGCGUCGAUCUGUGGAGUGUCGGGGUGAUCAUGUACGAGUGCCUUUUCGGGAAAGCUCCGUAUUCUAGCAGUAGCUUUCAGGAACUAGCAGAAAAAAUCAAAGAUUGUCGACCUAUAGAGAUACCGAAGGCGGCUCAUGUGUCGAUGACGUGCAAAGAUUUACUCAUGGCUCUAUUGAAGCAUAAUCCUAGCGAUCGGAUAACGUACGACGAAUUUUUCGCGCACGAUUUUUUGGACCUAGAGCACGCGCCUGCGAAAGAAAAUUAUGAUAAGGCAGCGGCGUUGGUGCAUAAAGCUGUUGAAGCGGAUGCUGAUAAAAAUGCGAAGGAAGCAUUUUAUCUUUACUGCGAGGCUCUUAGAUAUUUUAUUCCAAUUUUGAUAAAUGAAAACGAUUUAAAACGAAAAGAAAUAUUACGACAUCGUGUGAAUGAUUACAUAAGGAGAGCAGAAACGCUUAAAGUGGCAUUUAGAGACGAUAAUGAUGAAAAACAUCCGUCUUCCGAAAAUAAAGGAAAUACUUCACAUUUGCAAAGAACUCCGUCCUUAGAGAGAAGCUCAGCAUUCGCGUAUAACGAAUUGCGAUGUCUCAGCAAAAGUACUUCAGGUAUGACGGACGCUCUUGAAAUAGGAGAAGCUGCUGAACAGUAUCUUGCUGAAGGCAGCUAUGCCUUGGCUUUAGAAAAAUUUCAAUCCUGUUUAGGUAUACUUGUAUCUCUUUUGGGUAAGGAACCGUUGGGCCGAAGAAGAGAUUUAUUACAUAAACAGGUACAGAUUUGGAUGAAAGAAGCCGAAAGUACAAAAGGACUUUUAGCUACUAAGGAUAUAGAUUCUUCGCCACGGACAACCGACGAACAAUGCAUACUACAAUAAUUGAUGUUAAAUAAUAGAUAUUCGAUGCCAUAGUAAUUGAUUAUUUUUGUUAUUAGAAUUUAUCUCACCGUUUUGCAACGUAUAAAUAUACGAUUUUCCACACUC